AUGUUUGUGGACGAGCGCAUCGUGACUCUGUUCAAGAGGAACGCGCAUCACACCUUGACUUACUGGAGCCUUUUCUUCAGCUUCGGGCUGAGCAUCGCUUUUCUCGGGCCCACCAUUAAGGACCUGCAGUGUCAAACCAAGAGCACGCUGAGCCAGAUCACCUGGGUCUUCUUCUCCCAGCAGUUCUGCUUGCUGAUCGGCAGCUCGGUGGGCGGCAUCUUCAAGAGGACGUUGUUCAGCGCGCUGUCCGCUUUGUUGGUGUCGACGCUCCUCAUCUCGGUCAUCUUCGCCGUCAUCCCUUGGUGCACCCAAGUCCUGACGCUGGCCGUGGCCAUGGCCGUGUCCGGCUUGGCCAUGGGAGUCAUCGACACCAUCGCCAACAUCCAACUGGUCAGCGUCUACCAGAAGGACUCGGCCGUUUUCCUACAGGCUCUCCAUUUCUUCAUCGGCUUCGGCGCCCUGGUGAGCCCCCUGAUCGCCGACCCCUUCCUGUCGGAGCACUGCGGCAACAGCACCGGCAACGUGACCGAGUUGAUGCAUCACUUCAGAAACACGCUGAUAAACAGCCCCGUUGCCGAGCACAACGUCACGCCGAGCCACGGAGGGGAGGCGGCGGCGGCGGCGGGCCCCGGUGUGCACUACGCCUUCUGGAUCAUGGCUCUUAUCAAUCUGCCCGUGCCCCUGGCCGUGCUCUUCCUGAUGUAUCGCGAGCGGCUGAUCCCGUGCUGCCCCGGCGCCGCGCCGCAUCUGCUGGACAAAGACGAACUGGCCAUGGAGAACCGGCAGGGAGCCCGAGACGCCGAGGCGCCCCAGGCUGGAGGUCACGGGAAUAUCUUCAGCUGCUGUCAGAAUGAUAACCUCCGUGGCCUGCCGCUAUCCUUCUUCAUGAUUCACAUCCUGGGCGGGAUGGUGCUCUUCAUGAGCGAUGGCAUUGUGGGCGCCUAUGCCGGCUUUGUCUUCACGUAUGCCGUCAAACCGCCCAUUUCUCUCGCCCAUAAGGCAGCCGGCUACUUACCCAGCAUUUUCUGGGCGGCCAUCACGGCAGGUCGGCUGCUCUCCAUCCCUCUCUCGUACCGUUUCCCAGUGGUGAGACUGCUCAUCUUCAAUCUGGCGGGCGUAAUCGUCACAGUCUUGCUGCUGCUGAUCCUCCCCAACAGCCGCGCAAUGUUGUACGUCGGCACCUGUUUGUGUGGGCUUUUUCUCAGCAGCAUCUUCCCGUGCAUGCUGGCCUACACCGAGGACAUCCUCGAUUACCAGGGAUGCGCUACCUCGGUGCUGGUGACCAGCGCGGGAAUGGGAGAGAUGGUCAUGACGGUUCUGGUGGGCUCUAUUAUCGAGACGAAAGGCAGCUACAGCUUUCUUCUGUGUGGCGUGAUUAUCGCCAGCCUUGGGUUGCUCCUUUUUCUGGCGCUGCUCUUCUUCCAUCGGCUGCACAGAAACUACCUCACAGGAACGACAAGAAAAUCGGCCAUGGUGGAGGAAGAAACGCCAGGAGCGAGUGGCUCGCCCGCAGCUGAGCCAAACGAGGAGGCGCAGGAGAGCUGA